AUUUGAAUGCAUUUUUCAGCACGUUUUGCGUUGCUUGUUAUUUAAUUCAAUGUUUUUGUCAAGAUAACAUAUAAGUGACUCAUGCACCUUUGAUUUUCACGAGCUGCUCUUUACAAAUUUAAUUUUUUUGAUAACUGCUGAUUGUGUCAUGAGCAUAAAUUAGCACAAAGCGUGUUUCUACCUAUUCAUGUACGUUUUGUUAUCGCAUAUUAGAUACGAUUUAUCUGUGUAAACAUUAGCAAGCUUCUUUUGGGCCGGGGUUUUGAUAGUGAUCCGAUCGUUUGUUAAUAAUAAUAAUGUGAUAUGUGAUGAACCAUAGGAGGAUUAAUAAAUUUACUAACCAUGAGCAACGCUACUAAAACAUAUUUAGACAAACCCAGUCUCUGGGUAGUAAUCAUCACAGCCUUGAUAAUAAUAGGUAUAGUAACAACAGGAGUUAUAUCCAGAUUUCUGCUAGAGGAAUAUGCUUCAAGAAUACUAUUAAUUAGUUUAAUUGUUAUUUUAAGUAUUAUCGGCUUAGCUGCUUUAACUUAUUUAGAAGUUCGCAAGAGAAAAAUGCAAGCAGAAAGUACAAAUAUGGCCAAAAAUGGCUAUCUUUAUAAAAAUAUUCAACCCACAGCUCCAAGGGAUCCUGAUUGGGAGUAUAGUAAUAGGGCUACAGUUGAGGCAUAAAUUUCUUGUUAUUUACGUUUGUUUUUGUUUUUUGUAAAUAAAAUAAUUUUUGUAUUUA